CGAGCUAUAUGGCAAAAUACAGCCACAAAUGCUGCGCAAUGGUCAAACACUGGAGGAUAAUCAUCCGGCUGCAAUGUUAUCCCGUUUCAAUGCCCCCACCAUGGAUACGGAGAGGCGAGAAAUGGCCGCCUAUGCAACUAUCGCUGCUGCCAAGGCUUUCCGUAAAAAUUUUCAGCACAUAGAUGAAUUGGCCCGCCAAUCGCAUGCACAUAAAAUCUCGUUACGUCGCACGGCGUUGGAAGCCUUAUGUCCGCCCCGUGAUCCACCCUCAUGUAUGCCAGCCUCGGAACGUUAUCGCACCCAUGAUGGCACCUGCAACAAUAAACGUCGACCCCGAUGGGGUGCUGCCCAGAUGCCAUUUAAUCGCUUUCUGCCGCCAGAAUAUGGCGAUGGGGUCGAUAGUGUGCGCAGUUCCACAGAUGGCAGUCCAUUGUCUUCAUCGCGAUUCGUUAGCCUGCUGGUCCAUGGAUCUAGAGAGGGUGAGGCUCCCUUGACAAUAAUGAUAGCCCAGUGGGGACAACUGCUGGAUCAUGAUAUGACCUCAACGGCACAACCACGCUCAAUUAAUGGUUCGAUACCAAGUUGUUGUGGCGGAAAUGACUUUCAUCCGUCAUGCUUUCCCAUCAAGGUGCCACUUGAUGAUCCGUGGCUGGCACCACUCAAGGUGCGUUGCCUGGAGUUUUUGAGAUCAGCUCCGGCCCAGCGUAGGGAUUGUGUGCUAUCUUGGAGGGAACAAACCAAUCAGGUUACCUCCUACAUUGAUGCAUCGCCAAUUUACUCGAACAGUGCCAAAUCUUCGGAUAAUGCUCGCGUCUUCCGUCAUGGCCUGCUAAUCUAUGGUCGUGGUAAUCCCGCCGAGGAUGUGUGUCAGCGUGGAGCCAUUGCCACCAAAUGUAUACGCUCGGGCGAUGGACGUAGCAGUGAGCAACCUGGACUAUUGGCGAUGCAUCAUGUCUGGGUUGGUGAGCACAAUCGCAUUGCAUUGGAGAUAAGUGAACUCAAUCCGCAUUGGAGUGAUGAGAAAAUCUAUCAGGAGACUCGACGAAUUGUGGGUGCCAUGUUCCAACAUAUUACCUAUCGAGAGUUUCUACCAGUAAUCUUGGGUCGUGAAGUGUGCAAACUGUUUGAUCUGGAUCUCUUGUCGACAGGAUACUAUGAGGGCUACGAAGCAAAGGUUAAUCCAACUGUAGCCAAUGCCUUUGCAGCAGCUGCCUUUCGUUUUGGUCAUUCUCUGGUGCAAAAUUCUUACACACGAUGCGAUCGUCAUCACAAUGUCAUCAAUAAUAAUGUUAGCCUUCAUGAGGAGUUCCAGAGUGGAGACAUUGGCUCAGCUGGCUCUUUGCAUCGUCUACUCCGUGGAUUGGCCACCCAACGUGCUCUGAAACGGGAUGAGUUUAUUACACCCGAGUUGACCAAUCAUCUUUUCCAAACGUCUGGUUUCCCCUUUGGUCUGGAUUUGGCUGCCAUUAAUAUACAACGUGGACGAGAUCAUGGCAUAGCUCCCUAUACCUCUUGGCGUGUGCCCUGUGGCCUGAGUCCCAUACAUAGUUGGGAUGAUUUCGCCAAUGUGGUGGGUCCAGAGUCGGCAAAGCGUAUUGGUCAUGCAUAUCGGAGUAUUCAUGACAUUGAUCUCUUUGUGGGUGGAAUUGCCGAACGUCCUGUGGUCGGUGGAUUGGUUGGACCCACUUUUGCCUGCAUCAUUGCCCAACAAUUUAGCAAUGCGCGUCGCGGGGAUCGCUUUUGGUAUGAAAAUGCAGGCUUCGAGAGCUCAUUCACGCCAGCCCAAUUACAUUCUCUGCGCCGUGUAUCAUUGGCUCAGGUUCUGUGUCGUGCUGUGGGUGGUGGCACCUUUCAACCGCACAUUUUUAUACCAGCCGAAUUUACGGACAAUGAACGUCAAACCUGCGGCACUGGUGUCUUAUCGCCAAUUGAUCUUAGCCCUUGGCUUGAGCAAGAUCCGUUUGCGGCACCGGCACCGUCAGCGGCACAAGCUGAUCAGGUUUUCAAUAUCAUUAAAGAGGACAAGGCUGGCUUCUCGAAUCGCAUAAAGCCGGUUAGGCCGCCCCAGGUGGAGUUCAGUGCCAAUUCGGCGAAUGGUAUCCAGCGACCAGCGCCAACGACGAAUAGCAAUGCCAGUAAAGUUAGUGACAAACUCGAUCUAAAACGCAAGACUAUCCCGACGAUAACAACACAGACAAACAACAACAAUAGACGCAAGACAACAGCGACCCAAAAGCCAGUGAAUGGUAUUAACAAUAAACUGGACAAAUCUCCCAAAAUAACCAUAAAUAUUAAGAAUAUCAAUAUACGAAAACAAGAUGGAACAACGCCUAAGCGCAAAGUGAUUAUAAAUAAUGUGCCCAUCGAAUUGAGAAGCGCUGUAAACGGAAAUGCAACAAACGCGGACGAUGAGACCGAAACAGAUCCGACUAUGGACGAUACAGAGAGUGAACCGGAAGUGGACGACGACAAAGAUCUACUAGAAUCAAGGGCUGAUGAUAUGGAGUUAGAGACGACAGAGCAAACUAUACCAACAACUACGACUAGACGAGAACUAGACCCAAAUGAGACGUCGACAAAUGCCAACGACUUACGAGAACUACGUAGUCUAACUGACUCCAAGACACCAGACUUUCGACUAUUGCACUUGAUACGUAAUCAUACAACUUUACAGACUUCAUCUACCACGUCCAUUAGCAUGGCACGAUCGACUCGAACUACCCAGUUUCCGAAAUUCCAGAAGACAACAACCAAACGUGUCCAAGAGCUACGAAGUCAAUACCAAAGUAGACCCAUCUAUACGAGACCACAGAAGGUUGUGGUCAAUGGACCAAAUGCCGAUCAGUACGAGAUUGAAAUCAAUAUUAGACAAACGAACAAGAGUCCUGUGACGCGACCAUUGACACCAGAAUAUGCUGACUAUACGACAGUUUACAAACCCUUUAACAACAACCACAACAACAACUACGACACCAACUAUGCACCACAUUAUGUGGAUUAUGCCAGCACGACGACAAUCUCACCCAAUUACGGUUACUAUGGACAAAAGUUGACAAAACCACCGACCAUUAUCUAUCUGAACGAUAACGAUGACAGACGACAGACCACGACAAGAGCUCCGAAUAUAUUUCAGAAUUUUUUGACUUUUGCGACAAAUGGUUUCAAUCCGAAUCCAAAUGCCAAUCGACGACCGACGACGGCGCGUCCAAGUGUAGAGCGUCCGCAGUUUAAUUCGUAUGUGAUCAAUAGUCCACUUAGUGGCCACGGCUCUAGCAUUUCUUCCUCCCCCUCGCCGUAUGCACCCAGACCACCUUCAGUGCCGUCGGUGUCCUCUUAUCCAGUUUCGAGUAGCUCACAAAUAGGUGGAAAUCCACAAUCAGGUUAUCUUCAUGCCUCGAGCAGUGCCGUGAGUGCAGGUCAUUUUGGCACUAUAUCCGGAGUGGCUAGUGCAAAUGGGGCCGACAGUACAUUCAGCUUCAAUAUAAGACCACGACCUUCGAAUCCGCAAACGAUUCACAGCCCAGCCAACUCCUAUGGCCUGGCAUCACAAUCACCCUACAAGCCAGACUAUCCGUACGGACAAAGCGAACUUUACUAUGACCGCGAAAUAAGUCCAGACAAUCCGAAUCCGAGUCCCUUUUCCACUUCCGUAGCGAGACCGCACACUCAGACGUAUUUUGGACGGACACCCGAACUGAAGGAGGCCAACAAUAACGAACUAACCAAUCCCGAUCACAAACUGGACAUACAAGACUAUGACUAUCUGACACGUAAUCUAGCCAAUGUCACCGAGGAUCAGAGCAAAGAAGAGGACAGUAAAGAGCCCGACGACUAUACAUACGAUGACGACGAACCCAACAAUAACUUGGAGGCACAGGUCUCGCCAAAGAAUCAACUUCAGUUGGACAAAUCAAACGACAUGACGAACUCAACCAGUAACUCCACACAACUGGACGACAAUUAUGUUUUACCCGUGCUAAAGAACAAUACCUUGACCAAGUAUGUGACAGAAAUGCCCAAGCCCAUAGUGUCGACUCCCUCCUCAUCGCGUAGUUCGACCAAUAGCAAGGUGACAGUUUUCCCUGACAGCUUGGCCAAGCAAUUGGCCAAUGGUAUUUUAGCCGACACAGAUGACUACGACGACAGGACAUUAACGGAAACUGGGUCAUUAAAAAAGCAAGCCACAAAGUUAGCCCAAUUGGCAAAUGUGGCUUUUGCUCCAAUCACAGUGCUAACUAAACCAGACAGACCCGACAACUGGGUGAUCUAUAAUAAGGCUAGUGAAGAACCACCUUUGCCCCAACCGCCAGUUGUUAGCAUGGAGGAUGUGGCGCCCACAGGAGAAGUUCCAACACCCAUUAAAAGGCUACAAAAUGCUCAACCUAAGCCAACUAUUAAGUUAGACACAACAACCACAACGUCAACUGCGGCAGAUGUUGGAGUAAAGUCAGAUCUAAGUGAAACAACUACAACUCAAAUUCCAACGACAGAAGAAGCAACAUCAAUCUCUGCUAGUAACUAGUAUGCCAAAUUAGUCUAUACUAAAUCUAUGUACACUAUUUAUUUAUUGCCCAAUUCACUUGAAAUA